UCCCCUGCGGAUAAAGAAAAACGAAGCGCAGCCCCUCACAGCCACGCCUUGGCAUCUCCCCCUCCUACGCCCCUGCUCCUCCUCCGGCCAUACUGGCCGGAAUCACGCCGCGCGGCUGACCGUGGGGGCACGCUUGGACACUCCGCCGCAUCGGAUGAGUGUGGUGUUUCCACUUGCUGUGUUUUGCUAAACUGCGCCGCGGAAGUCACCGGACGGCGAGCUCCGAACGUGGCCACGCACGCAUCUCGCCCUCCUCCUCCGGUCUACCCGCCCAAGAAUGGAUGAUACCAACGACAAAUUCAGGGAUGCGUGCUCACCUCACCUGCCGAUAGAUAGAGUAGUAAAAUUGUUCAAGCAGAUUAUUUUGCCAAAGUGAGGUUUAUGUGCGCUUUCCUUUUGCUCCUCUGCGUUCCCUUCCCGCCCGCAUUAUUCCUCCAGUAUACAAGUAUUUAUAGCAACACUGAAUGUAGAGUGGGUUUGUGUUCUGCAUUGUGUGCGUUUCACUUGGUUUCAGAAACAUCAUUCAGAACUAUGGCAUCUGAAUCCUGACACUGUUGGCCAGGUUGAGCAUCAUAUAGUAGCGUCACCACAAUGCUGGAAAACGGCACACAGCUGACACCGGCCUCCACUUCCAACAGCACGGGCAAGACAGGGAACAAUGGGGAAGGGCUGAAUGGAUCUGCCUCCAUGGAGGAGGAGAAGCGCCAAGGCAACGGCGGCGACGCGCAGCCGCCGCCGAGCACCUGCACGACGUGCGCCAAGGGACACACGUGCCAGGCAGUGGUCAGCCGGACGCGGGAGAUGCGGGGCCUCAUCGACGCCAAGAAGCCUCACCAGGCGCAGGACCUCUUCGGUCACCUCGCCGACGAGGGCCACCGCCCGUCCUUGGUGACUUACACCACCCUGCUCACCGCGGUGACGAACCAGCGCGCCUUCGAGGCGAUCCCUUCGCUGCUCGCCGGCAUGGACGCCGCCGGGCUGCGGCCGGACGCCAUCUUCUUCAACGCCCUCAUCAACUCCUUCGUGGAGGCCGGGCGGAUGGGCGAGGCCACCAGCACCUUCUGGAAGAUGAGCCGCCACCACCCGGGCUGCCGCCCCACUAUCAGCACCUUCAACACGCUCAUCAAGGGCUUCGGCAUUGCCGGCCGCCCUGACGAGUCGCAGCGCAUCUUCGAUAUGAUGGCCGGCGGUGACGGCGACGGCGACCGCGACAGGGUCGCGUCCACGGUGAGGCCGAACCUGACCACGUACAACAUCCUGGUGAAGGCCUGGUGCGACCACCGGAGGCUGGAGGAGGCGUGGGGCGUGGUGGGCAGGAUGCGGGCGCGCGGCGUGGAGCCCGACGUCGUCACCUACAACACCGUCGCCAGCGCCUACGCCAAGAACGACGAGACGUGGCGGGCGGAGGAGCUCGUGGUGGAGAUGGUGCGCGCCAGGCUGCGCACCAGCGAGCGCACCUGGGGCAUCAUCGUCGGCGGAUACUGCAGGGAGGGCAGGCUGGAGGAGGCGCUCCGGUGCGUCCGCCAGAUGAAGGACGCCGGCGUCCUCCCUAACGUCAUCGUCUUCAACACCCUCCUCAAGGGCUUUCUCGACGCCAACGACACGGCCGCCGCCGACGACGUUCUCGGGCUGAUGGAGCACUUCGGCAUCAAGCCGGACAUCGUGACGUACAGCCACCAGCUGAACGCCUUCAGCUCGCUGGGGCACAUGGCGAAGUGCAGCAAGGUGUUCGACAAGAUGGUGGAGGCUGGGAUCGAGCCGGACCCGCAGGUGUACAGCAUCCUCGCCAAGGGCCACGUGCGCGCGCAGCAGCCCGGCAAGGCGGAGGAGCUCCUGGAGCGGAUGUGCCGCCUCGGCGUCCGCCCCAACGUCGUCACCUUCACCACCGUCAUCAGCGGCUGGUGCAGCGUCGCCGACAUGGACAACGCCACCAGGGUGUACAGGAAGAUGCGGGACGCCGGCGUGCGCCCAAACCUCAGGACGUUCGAGACGCUCAUCUGGGGGUACAGCGAGCAGAAGCAGCCGUGGAAGGCCGAGGAGGUCCUCCAGAUGAUGCAGGAGGCGGGCAUCAGGCCGAAGCAGAGCACCUACAGCCUCGUCGCCGAUGCGUGGAAGGCCGUCGGCCUGGUCAAGAACGCCAACCGCACCGUCGGUUCGCCCGAUGACCGUCGUCGCCCCAACGCGAACGAUCAUGACGAGCCGGACAGCCGUCCACACGACGACGAUGACAAGCUGCAGAGAUCAAGAAGAGGAAAUGAGCAGGCAACGAGUGAUCCAUCAUCACAUGUCAGUUUCGUGCAGGUGACGAGCGCGCUAGGGACAUGCAGGGCUGGAGAGUUUGCAUCAUCGGCGCCCUCGUCGUCAUCGCUGUGGCGAUCGUGUCAGCUCCGACUGCGAUCCUCAGGGUUUUGCAGGAAUCAAAGGCAGAAUCAGGGUGGGCUGUACAGUCACAGCAUCGGCUCAAUCAAGAUGGUCUUCCUCAGUUAAGAGGCGGCCAUGUUUACUGUUCAGCACAUGUACACUACCUGUAAAACCCAAUUCUUCCCCAAUCUCCUGACCGAAGAUGCUGGUCAUUUUUGUAUGAUUCUGCACACACAUUGGUCUUCUGCUUCGCCGGGAACUCGAUUCAGAUGUCUCACCACUCGCA